AUGUCAGCCUGGCAGGUCUCCAACAUCGUCCGCUUCCCCACGAAGACUCUGCCCGCCCGCGACACGGCCCCUCCGCGCCCCUCCACGCAACCAGCUACGCCCGCGCCCCCUCCCGCGCCCCCGGCGCCAUCCCCGGCUCCCAAACACGGCAACCCGCUGAUAGACCUGAUCGCUUCCGCCGCGCACGACCUGGAAUCGAGGGCCCGGGAUCGCCCCGACGGCGGGCGGACAGCCAGAGCGGCCGCCGCGCGUGUUCGCGAGCUCGCGCGCCGGGUUGAGGGGCUGCUGGAUGCGGGCAAGGUGCGGGUGUGCGAGGCAGGCGGGGAUUUCGACCCGUUCGAGGCGAAGAGGCGCGUGCAGCGCAGGAGGCGUAUGGCGGCGAAGCGGUCCAGGGAGGAAUACCUCCGGGGGAUGAUCCAGGCGCUCAGGCAAGAGGAGGCCAGGUGGCUGGAGUUGAGGCAGCAGGGUGAGGUCUAUAGGGAACAGGCCAAAGCGUACAUGGAGGAGCACGUUGAACGCCCGAGCGAGGCUGACGGUAUGAUAGGUGUGAGCCCACCACAAGACUCUGGAGACCAAUUUGAGGGAGAGGCCUGCGUCGAGGAGGCCAUCCACACAGCUAAGCAACGGCUACAAUUAGAAAUGGAAUACUUCAAGGAAGCUGAAUACAGGACACAGGAGUGCAAGGAUGCUGCGCAGCACGCUGAAGUAAAGACUCAACAAAUCCAGGAUGAGUUUGCAAGAGCAAAGUUCUCCGCCUUAUCAGAGACUGACCCAAAGAGGAUUUUGAAGAAAAUGAUGGAAGGGGUCAAGCUCCAUGGCUGCCCCCACAAUGCCAUGAUGACGCCAAAGGCCAAUUACCAGGGAUUAAUGCAGAUGUGA